AUGGCAUCUGAAAUGAAGGCCUCAAUCCACCGCUUCCGCCUCCGCAGGCUGUCCCCGUCUCCUGGGGCCGUCGGUCGGGCCCGAUCCGCUUCACCUCCAGUGUCUGCUGACCAACGAGAAGCGCGAGCCCACGGACAGCAUCCUACUACUGUCACCCAACAAGCAUCUGGCGCUCGCACUUCAGGUACAAAAACCACUCCGCCAGCCUGUGAUCGCUGUCGCAGCUUUAAAAAGAAGUGUAGCCGUACCUUUCCUGUCUGCUCUCUCUGCGCCACCGCUGGUCAGCGGUGUUCGUACACCAGCCCAAUAGCCAACGCUGAGGCUCAGAUACACCAAUUGCGCUCUCGGGUAGAAUGGUUAAGUCAGUACAUUGAUCAAAAUCUACUGCCACCAGGCCCACAGGGUAGGUUAAGUGGGAUAGAGACAGGAGCUGAUUUGGUGAGUAUACUUGGCCGAGGGUCACAUAAUGGUAUAGGAACCAUAGAAGGCACAGCCCCUCACUUCCCACGAGUGUUAGGCCCGAACACUCCUCCACUAGAUGCAACUGCUGCCCAACCUCUGUUACGCAGCCGUGAUGAAGUGUUGGCAGGACAGCAAAAUGCUGAGAUCCGCGUGGAAGAAAGGGAUCCGGGCAGUGUGCGAACCGCCAAUAGCCACUUCUCACCGUACCAGGGAUCAACCGAGGGAUCAACCACGAGACGAAGGUUGAUCGCUCGGCAGGCUUUACCUCCUGAUAUUGCCCCGUGCCGCUUCAUCGAUGCCUUCUUCCGCCAUGUGAACAGGGCGUAUCCUUUUGUCGACCAGGCGAGAGUACGGCGAGAUCUUGAGACUCUAGGGGAUGCAUCGCCUGCGGAUCAAGAUCCGCCCAUGACAUUACUAUAUCUCGUCAUGGCGAUUGGGUGCACAUCGCUCGUGCGGGCCGGGCAGAUCCCAAGUGACACAGCUCGGCAGUUCGAUGUAGUUUAUCCAGAUAUCAUACAGGAGUGUCUCUGCAGUGAGAGUGUUGAGUCGGUACAGAUCCUUGUCCUAUUGGGAUUGUACUCCCUUUUUGAUCCGGCUGCGACCUCUGCGUACUUUAUAGUUGGUAUCGCAGCACGGCAGGCCAUGGUCAUCGGCCUCACUCGUCCGGAUGAGAAGCCACGGACGGCAGUCGAGACUGAGCUCAGGCACCGAUUGUAUUGGAGCAUCUUCGUCUUGGACCGCAUGAUGUCGGCGUCUCAGGGCCUCCCAGCCGCUUUGACAGACGAACAUGCCGAUGUUCCACUCCCCGGCCUCACAGUAGAAGAGUUUGCUGGCCCAGACAGAGCAACGUAUGCUCGCAAUUUACAGACUAGUCGUCAUAUUAUUCAACUCAGGCAACUGGAGUAUCGAAUUCUAGACACUGUACAUUUUCAGCGGGACGCCGAAACUUCGCGCCUGUGUCCUGCAGAUAGACGGGCGAUACUGAGCAGCCUACGGUCCGAAAUAGAAAAUUGGUACAGCAGUGGCUGUCUCAUGUCACCGAUGGAAGCAGAUAACCUGCCUAUCCAUAGUAGUAUCACCUGGUUGAGCGCACAGUAUUACCACUUGCUUGUUUUCCUUUACUUCCCCAAUCACUUCAACAGUUCGGUUUCGCCGCCAGCUGUUAGUCGAAAAGAACAGCUCGAAUUCGCCAGCAAACAACUUCAAGCCAACUCAGCACUUCUUCAACAACGCCAAUUGCCUCUGAACAGGGUCACGUUGAGUCGGCUACUGCCAGUGGGGUUAAUAUUAAUGUCUGGCUUUACAGCUGGCCAAGGGCGAACCUCUUUAGUAGCUCAGAAUGAGCUUACUAUUCUUGUCACACUUCUCGAAGCGUUUCCACUAGGAUGGACAACGGCACAAGAGGCAGCCCGAAUCAUGCAGCAAUUUGUGGAUAUCAUGGCAGGACAAGGGGGUAUGGUCACGACGUUUUUUGGCACAGCAACUGGGGGGACGAUGGAAGAGUUGGUUAGGCCAUGCAUUGUCAGCUUCACGGAAUUGUUACACCAUUUCCUGGGUAAGGCGACGUGCUUUCAAUCGAUCGAGUAUUCUCAGGAGCUGCAAGGUGCUGAGCAGAUGAGUCAAGUCGGCGCUGCAACCCAGCAACAACCAUCGGCUAAUGCAUUGUGGUUGAAUGGAGCAGAUUCAGAUGACGCUGGCGUAAACGAGGAAUCGGUGCUAGGGUAUGGAUGGGGUUCGUGGGAUCUUGAUUUCCUUUAA